AUCUGUCAUCACCCCACCCCCACCCCACCCCACCCCACCAAGAAUUAAACUCAAAAAUCAUAACUGCGUUUCCCAUAGAUAAUCAGAUCGAACUUAUCUGUAAGCCCCCUCCCAAAAUGGAAGAACAAGAAAUCGGCAAGGAGAUGAUUACCGGCGCCAGCGCCGGCGGAUAUGAUUACGGCGACGACGUCGUUUUGGAUGAGGAGGUUGUAAGGAUUUUAACAGAAGCCCAGAAUAGUAAUAAAGAAAGGGUUAUUGAAAGAAUUGACCUUUCUGGGCGCCGCCUGAAAUUUCUGCCUGAGGCUUUGGGCAAGAUUCAGGGUUUGAUCUUUCUUAAUCUCUCCAAAAAUCACCUCCAGGUCUUACCAGACUCGAUUUCAGGACUGCGUAAGUUGGAGGAACUCGACGUCUCGUCCAACCUUCUAGAAGGUUUGCCGGACUCCAUCGGUUUGCUCGUUAAUCUCAAAGUCCUCAACGUCUCUGGUAAUAAACUUCAGAAACUCCCCGAAAGCAUCGCCGGUUGCAGGUCGUUGAUUGAGCUCGACGCGAGCUUUAACAACUUGAUGUUUCUACCAACAAACAUCGGCUACGGAUUGACAAACCUUCAAAAGCUUUCUAUAUACCUCAACAAAAUAAGAGCGCUCCCGAAUUCAAUCUGCGAAAUGAAAUCCCUCGAGUACCUCAACGCCCAUUUCAAUGCGAUCCACGCGCUCCCGUCCGCAAUCGGGAGAUUAACAAAUCUCCAAGUCUUGAACGUAAGCCGGAACUUCAGCGACUUAACGGAAUUGCCCGAAUCGAUCAGCGACCUGACCAAUCUCCAAGAACUCGACAUCAGCAACAACCAAAUUCGAGCUCUUCCGGACACAUUUUAUCGGCUUCAGAAUCUGCGCAAGCUCGACUGUCAUCAGAACCCACUUGUGGUUCCUCCGAUCGAAAUAGCGGUCGGCGGGGUCGAAGAUGUUCGAGAAUACAUGGUGAAGAUAAGGAUGAGUUCAUUACAAGAUGAACAGAGGAUGCAGCAGCAGCGACAACGAUUGAUCGAGGAGAACGAAAAUGGGGGGUGGGCGACGUGGGGGGCCUCGUUGCUGCAAAAUGUUUAUUCCGGCGUUUCGCAGACAGUUUCCGGGUAUUUUGGAUCGAAUUCGCCGAAAGAUCCGUUCUUGGAUCAGCAGCUGUAACUGGUAAUGAAGAAGUCGAUGUAAUAAGCUAUUUGGGUUGAAGAAAGCUCUGUAUUCUACACAAAAUAUCGCAUGAAAAUACAAUAAUAUGUAUCUAAACAAUGUAAAGAAAUCUUUUGCAUCAUAGUAUGGAAAGUGUAAGCAUUUUGUAGGA